AUGCGAGAAGAGACACAGUCGUUUCAUGUCCGUUACAGAAUGGAGGCCUCCUGUCUGGAGCUGGCUCUAGAGGGGGAACGAUUGUGUAAAGUUGGUGACUAUCGUGCCGGAGUUUCCUUUUUCGAGUCGGCCAUCCAGGUGGGCACAGAGGACCUCCAGAUCCUCAGUGCCAUCUACAGCCAGCUGGGCAAUGCCUAUUUUCAUCUCCAUGACUACACCAAGGCACUGGAGUACCACCACCAUGACCUCACACUCACCAGAACAAUUGGAGAUCAACUUGGAGAGGCAAAAGCGAGUGGUAACCUUGGAAACACACUGAAAGUUUUGGGUCGAUAUGAUGAAGCAGCAGCUUGCUGCCAAAGGCACCUGGACAUUUCUAGAAUUCUCCAUGACAAGGUGGGGCAGGCUAGGGCUCUGUAUAAUUAUGGAAAUGUGUACCACGCCAAAGGGAAAAGCAUCUGUUGGAACGGCACAGAUCCGGGAGACUUCCCAGAGGAGGCGCGCACUGCUCUAAAGAAAGCAGCAGAAUACUAUGAAGCAAACCUGGCACUGGUGAAAGAGCUGGGGGACAGGGCGGCACAGGGGCGAACUUAUGGUAACCUCGGCAACACACACUACCUGCUUGGAAACUUUGAGAGUUCUGUAGCAGCCCAUGAACAGCGUCUCCUCAUUGCUAAGGAGUUUGGUGACCGUGCUGCAGAGAGGAGAGCCUACUGUAACCUUGGCAAUGCCUUUAUCUUUCUGGGCCAGUUUGAAGAGGCAGCUGAUCAUUACAAGAAGACGCUACAGCUGGCCAGGCAGUUGAAGGACAGGGCAGUGGAGGCCCAAGCCUGUUACAGCCUGGGGAACACAUACACACUCCUACAGGACUAUGAGAGAGCCAUUGACUACCACCUCAAACACCUCCUCAUCGCUCAGGAACUCCAUGAUAGGAUCGGGGAGGGCCGAGCGUGUUGGAGUCUGGGGAACGCACACACAGCCUUGGGCAAUCACGAGCAGGCCCUGACCUUUGCAGAGAAACAUCUGGAGAUCUCUAAGGAGAUGGGUGACCGAAGCGGUGAGCUGACAGCCAGAAUGAACGUGUCGGACUUGCGGCUGGUGCUUGGCCUCCGUCACAACUCUAACACUAACACCAACAGCUCAGCGCGCUCUGAGGACCAGCCCGACGACAACAACAGCCAACCGGCAAGAGCCAGAGCAGGAAGGAGACACAGCAUGGAGAACAUGCAGCUAAUGAAAAUGACCUCCAAUCAAAUCGUUGGGGGCCAGGCCUGGGAAGGAGAUUCCCCUGCCAAGCCAUCCAGAGCUUCCUUAGCCAAGACCUCCUCUAAGCUUUUCUUCAUUAAUCGAUUCAGAGGAAAAAAACACAAGUCGAACAGCUCCAGCCCAAAAGACCGCCACAACGACAGCUGUAACUCUCCCAGUGCUCCUCCUGCAGACUUCCAUGAUCCUAAGAAUGCAGGGGCAGACACCUUGGGUGACGAAGGCUUUUUUGAUCUUCUGAGCCGUUUCCAAGGCAACCGCAUGGAUGACCAAAGGUGCUCCCUGGAGGACGGCCUAAGCCGUGUCUCUACUCCCUCCUCCCCUUGUGCCACCCCACCUGUAGCCUUACGGAAAUCUAUUUCCGAAGCGGAGGCCUCAGCGCAGCCUGGGCAUUUCCUGGACCUGCUGGCCAGCUCCCAGAGCCGUCGGCUGGACGAGCAGCGGGCCAGUGUGGGCAGCCUCCCAGGCUUCCGGCUGGACCAGCACCACAACCAGUCUGUCCUCAGCCAGCUCAUAUCUAACGCCGACCGCACCGAGUCCGAUGACGACUUCUUCGACAUCCUUAUCAAGUGCCAGGGCUCCAGGCUUGACGACCAGAGGUGCGCGCCCCCUCCUCCCCCCACCAGAGGUCCCACUGUCCCAGACGAGGACUUCUUCAGUCUGAUCCUGCGUUCGCAGGCCAACCGGAUGGAUGAGCAGCGUGUUGACUUACCCGGUGACAACGGACCGACUGGACAAAACCCUGGACUGAACCCGCCCUGA